AUGGCUGACGACAAAGAUAUGUCAUUUCUCAUGGUUGAUUCCCAUACGGGAAGUAGGCAGGCGGGUCGACAUACCUACUACCCGCUGCCCCACGGUGGCAGAAGGUCGAUCAGAGUAGACUGCCCGGCGUUGGUGCCCCUGUGUCUGUAUGCCGUGGUUCUUCGCAGUCCCUUUGAUUAUGUGAUUAUCGAACUUGAUCAAAGCACGGAUAGGCGUAAGCUGGCGCUUAAGCCAGAGCUAACCCGCGGGCGAGCAGAAUUCACCAAAAACGGAACGAGCAACUCACCAAGUCGACUUCAGUCUGGCGGGGAGAAAUUCCAGAGGACUAGGCAAAAAUGGAUUCUCCUGGGCUUAGGUGACACCCGCAAGAUUGGACGAUUAGUACUUGCUGAAAGCCAUCCGCUGAGGUUGCAACCAACAAUUCGGUACGCGAGGGGCAGUGCACAGCCAUACAACCGUGACGACGAAUUCUUGGAGAAGCAACCACCACCAUCCCUCGCGUUGGCCACGGCGGCGGCGGGUUGGUCUUUUCAGUUGGCCCUUGCUUGUUGUGCAACUCUGCUAGGCGUAUGCUGUAAAUACUUGAGUGCCCAAAGCUGUAUCCAGCAUGUGAUGCCCACUGAGACCAUUCGAGCAGAAGGCGACAUGAUCCAAGCUUCUGAAGCAAGAGUCGGAGAACUUGUAAUUGGCAAACUUUUGGCUGCCGCCGACGAGAGUCUAGGCCCUCUCGAAGAAUCUGCCUUUGUGCCACAAUUACCGCCUGCGAACAAGGCACCUGCAAAUGCCACGUUCCCAGAGCGUAGGCUGGGGGCAGCCAUCCCGUCUGUUGGCGUUACCCUGGUGGCACAUCUUCCCCUGCAAUUCUUGCAGAAGACCUUAUCGCAAGUGGUUUCGUCCUGCAUCGGCAUUCGCUUGCAAGGCAGGAUGACCUCCUGGACUAGGGCACCCGCCCUCUGGAACGUGUCAAUUCUCAUCGCCAUCUUGCUAGGGGCCCCUAAUAGUCAGCAUCGGACCCUGGGGAUCGAUCGUCGCUGUCGCCAGUCGCCCCAUGCUACCGGAUCCACCCUUCUUUCCGAAUUGCGGACGCGGAGAGAUUCUAGCACCGAGAUUGGGAACCGCGAACCAAGCAUCAUCGAUGGCAUCGGCUUCAUCAGAGCCACCCAUACGCACUAUCACCUCGUAGCGAAGCUGUUUUGUCUCAACUGCAUUGGGCUUAUUGGCGGUGAGGCCUCGGAGUGUACUCCUGGCAAAAAUUCCGUCGCCAACCGCUCCGUACAGAUUUGUUCAGGUCAAGGGUUGAAGUACGCGGCCUGUCAGCGGGGUAGCGAAAUGUUCAAAGUUAGCAAAGCACCGCAGGGCUCGUGGAACAUUGACCGGUCCCUGCCUCUCUUGUCUUAA